CUCUCUCAUCUCUUUGGCAUCUUCACCAUCCGGCGCUAUCAGUUCUGAAAUCAAGCAGUUCAGUGACUCAGGUCAAUCCCGGAACCCCAAUCCUCCAUUCGCCAUACCGAGCAGAAAUACCAGACUACCCAUUGGAGCCCGGAGACUUUGCGUGCCAUCCAAUGUCCUCCGAGACAUCACCCGUCAGCGAGGCUGAGAAGGCCGUCCACCCUGCUGCCGAGCUCUCGGCGGACAAUGGCACCAUUGAAGCCAACCUACCCAGGAACCCGGGGGAAAAAGAGACUGCACCGCCGAGAAAGAUCCACGGCGUCCUGUGGGUCUUAGUCGUCGCUGGCAUUUUGUCGAGCAUCUUCCUGUAUUCACUGGACAACACUGUAGUUGCCGACAUUACGCCAGCCGCGGUCAAUGCCUUUGGCGAUGUCUUGAAGCUGCCGUGGCUCUCUGUAGGGUUCCUUCUCGGCGGAGCGGCAGUCGUGCUCCCUUUCGGCAAGCUGUUCGGCUUGUUCGAUGCGAAAUGGCUGUACAUUCUGUCGUCGAUCCUCUUCAACGUCGGCUCGGCCCUCUGCGGUGCGGCGCCGAAUAUGAAUGCCCUCAUUGUCGGCCGUGUCCUCGCCGGUAUGGGCGGUAACGGCAUGUACCUCGGGGUCAUGACGCUCCUCUCUGUCAACACGUCGGACCGCGAGCGGCCGGGAUACCUGAGCUUUGUGGGUCUGGUCUGGGGCAUCGGCACCGUUCUAGGACCCGUGGUCGGCGGUGCCUUUGUCGAAUCCUCGGCCACGUGGCGAUGGGCCUUCUACAUCAACCUGUGCGUUGCCGGCCUUUUCGCGCCGGUAUACCUCUUAUUAAUUCCGUCUGUCAAACCGCGCCAGGGUACAUCGUCUCUGGCGCUGGUGCGCGAGUUUGAUAUCGUCGGGGCUGUACUGAGCUCAGGGGCCAUUACGACGCUGAUCAUGGCCACUAACCUGGGCGGCGCUCUGUAUCCCUGGAACAACGGACAAAUCAUCGCGCUCUUCGUCGUCAGCUUCGUGCUCUUCAUCCUCUUUGGCAUUCAGCAGACCUACACCAUCUUCACGAGCCCGACAGCGCGUGUCUUUCCGGUCCAAUUCAUGCGAAAUUGGAAUGCGGUCCUCCUCUUUUGCUGCGCUGCUGCCGUCAAUACGGCUGGUUUCAUCCCCAUCUACUAUGUACCGCUCUACUUUCAGUUCACCAGGGGCGACAGCGCCAUCACUGCCGCAGUUCGGUUGUUGCCGCUCAUUUUCGUCCUGAGCGCCGCCAUUCUCGCCAAUGGCCAUCUCAUGUCGCGUUUCAGUUACUUCCAGCCGUGGUAUGUUUUUGGGAGCGUCCUCACCUUGAUUGGUGGUGUCCUGCUGUCUCGCAUCACGGCCAACACGCCAGAAGGUCAGAUUUACGGCUUUGAAAUCCUCGUUGGCGUCGGCACCGGCUGCUUCAUCCAGGCUGGCUACGCCAUCAUUCAAACCGUCACCCCGGCCGCCGAAAUGGCCUACGCCAUCAGUUUCAUGAUGCUGGCGCAGCUGAGCGGCAUUGCGCUCGGCCUGGCCAUCGCCGGCGCCGUGUUCGUCAACAGCGCCAUUGCCCACCUGGUGGCGAUCUUGCCCAACGCGUCGCGCGAGCAGCUGCAGCUGGCCAUCUCGGGAACCAGUGGCGCAUAUCUGCAAUCGCUGCCGGUCGAGCUGCGCGAGGUCGCGACGGAUGCCAUCGUUUUGGCGCUUCAGAAGGUCUUCAUCCCCGUCUAUGUCGGCGCCGCUGUUUGCCUGGUGCUAUCCGUCUGCUUCACGCAACGGAAGAUGUUCAAGGAUGCAGUGGCCAUUGCGGCGUUAACCUCUUUUUCGCUCUGACCGUUUGGGUUCAUACUGCGCAAGGCAGCGCUGUGCACCAUGGCCUGUCCAUUACCAUAUGUUCUCACCCAAAUUAUACACCUCCACUCUAAGUGGGUGGAUCUAGCCCAU